GCCGGUACUACAACGUGCAUAUCUCCAUCAUCACGUAUUCUCUCCUUAUCCUUCAUGGAAAAAACAUGAGCGCUACGUCUGCCCUAUGGGAGACAUCCUACCAUCGUGUGGCAUGCGUUGAAUGUCAGCGCAGGAAACAACGGUGCGACCGGGAAUGGCCGUGCGAACACUGUUGUCGUCGCAAGGUCCCCGAUAGGUGUCGAUACAACGAACCUGACUUGCCGAGUAAGGCUGACCCCAAAGAUUCCGCAAACCAUUCGACACUGUCUAAAGCCAAUUUGUUGCGCGGAAAGCGAAAGCGGAGACCAAACGCUGAAGAAGAUGCGCUUCGAACAAGGCAGACAGCGUCAGUGGACGACGUUACUGACGAAGAGACGACCCUCAAAGCUAUUGGCUACAGACCUUCUAGUCUUAUGAAUCUCUCCAAGUUGGUCAAGCCUGGUUCUCCCGUUGGCGACCUGACUGCCACUGGCGCUGACGAUAUGCGCAUACUCGAAAUGCUUCCCUUGCAGCAUCAUCUAGAAAUACUCUUGUCCACCUUUACAGAGACGGUGAAUUACAGUUAUUACAUUAUUGAUCCAACGAAGCUGAUGAUGGCCUACUCGACCUGGCGAUGUGGCCUGCGUCGACCGUCGCCAGCACUAGACCCUACAUUUGUUGGCCUCAUGUUGCGCAUAUGUACAUGCGCCGUACUGUGUCUCAAUUCUGACAUCAAAGAAAAGAUCGAAGCUGACCUCAACACGCCCAUCCAGAACCUUGUUGACCGAUGCAACCAGGCCGCCAUUGAGCUUAGCGGCAAAAUUCCCGUUGGUCAAGGGGGAUUAUUGCAGGUUCAGCAGCUCCUCCUCACGUCAUAUUGGCAUAGCUCCCGAGGCGACUUUUUUGACUGCUGGCAUGCACUUGGCGCGGCGGUUCGCGAGGCUCAAGCCAUAGGUUUAAACAAAGAAUCUAGCGCAGAUGGCCUGUCUGAGUUUGAUCGAGACAUGCGAAGGAGGACCUGGUGCAUUCUGGAUGUUUGGGAUUGGCAGAUAUCUACGUUAUUCUCUCGCCCACAACUCAUCAAUCGCCAUGACUGCGAUAUUGUUUCACCAAAUCUCCAUCGGGAGGAAGCUGCCCCAUCCCCUAUACACCAUAUCAAAUUGCAGUUCGAAGUUAUCCAGAUAAUGCAUGAGAAAUUCGGCAACAUCAACAAACCAAUGAAUGCUGCAAGGGUGAGAGAGUUUCAGAAUGUUGUCAACAAAUGGACGGAAUCUUUUCCACCGAUACUACGCAUCGCCGACCCUGAUAUUGGUAUAGAUAAGAGUUAUCCAUGGAUGACGGCGCAGCGCCAAUAUUUGCACGUCAUGGCCUAUACCAUGAUGCUUGUGCCUCUAAAGAGCUAUCUAUGCCGAACAUUUGGCGACAAAGAGUCUUGUGAGGACCAAGAAACGCGAGUUUCUGCAGUAGACUACUGCCUGAAGCUGCGUGAUGCCCAUAUCCUUCUUUUUCAUAGCACCUACCCCUUCUGCGCACAAUACCACAUCGCACACUCGUCCCUUGUUGAUUUGGGUAUUAUAUUGUGCUUCGCCAUUAUUCAUGAUCAACAUUCUAACCUUCCGGAACGCAAUCAAGUUCUGGGUAUCAUCGGUGAUGUGCUGGAAAUGCUAAGGCACAUACAGAACGCCGCCGGUAGGUCGUCAUUAUCUCACAAACUCGUCACCAAGUUGGCUCGACGCCUUCCCAUCUCACAAAGUGAGAAAGAUAUCAUCCACUGCCGGACUAUUACAGUUAAAUUUGAUCAGAACCCACCAUUGGCUACAGAACCCACUCAAAACAGCCGAUGGCCGAUUGUUUCACCAGUUUCUAGGGCGUCUGCCAUAAAGGACCCGUCAGAAACCUUCGUCACCAAGAUAGAGUCUAUCGAUGGAGGACCUCCAACUCCAGUUAGUAUAGAUGGCGAACCGAGUACAUUUGGCCCACACUUGCCACUUGAAGGGUCCGAUGGAGAUUCUUCAAAUCCUGACGCAAUAGUUCAUGAACAUGAAUCAUUAAUAUUAGCGGAUCACAGCGACUCUCACCAGGCUACAAACCCGAUAUACAUGUCCUCAAGGCCGGUUUUGGAAGUUUUCUUGGAACGGUUUCUCGAUUCGUAUGGCCCAGAGAUGCCAUCCGCUUGGCAGCCACUCCACUGGAUCCAUGCUGGACAGCCCUAUCAGAUUUGGCGGGUAGGGGCCGCAUCGAGACUUUCCUCUACUCUGCUCUGUGACUCAUUUACGGCUGUCUCAGUCGCCCAAUUCGGCCGCUCCAUUAGUGAUUGGAGGUUCAUAUCUGCUGCAGACAGGAUCUACUUAUCCGUCCUGGCGUCACUACAAGCCGCUGUAUACCACCCGGAGCGAAGCGCAUCAGAUGAUGUAUUAUGGGCUGCGGUACUAUGUGCAGUAUAUGAGGGUGUAAGUCGGACAAGGGGAAAUGGCUUUCUUACACAUGUCCUGGGCAUAUUGAAGCUCCUAGAGUUUCGUGGAGCCAGACGGCAUGCUCUAGGUAUUGGCCACGGAUUAUUUGUUGAGCUGCGAUGCUACUUUGUGUUCGCAGCUGUAACCACACGUUCCCCGACCUUCCUUGCCCAGCCGGAAUGGAAACACGAACCUUGGUCUGCUGGAUCAAUGCCAAAAGACCUCCUGCAGCAUCUUUUGGACCAUAUCGUUGAGAUACCGGCGCUUCUAGCAUACGCCGAUCGACUUAAGAACUGCUCGCCAGCAAAGUCACCUGUCGAAACCAGUCUACUGCAGGAAGAACUGUGGACGUUAGCAGAUCGCAUCGAGCAAGCCUUGUAUCAAUGGAAGCGAGAAUGGGCAGAUUCGUAUCCAGGGGGCCAACCCGCAGAGCUUCCGGUGCACAUACAAGAUAAUCUCUCAACUUUUCGACGUCAGGACCGCGUCACCGGAGAUAUUAUUUGUAGUACAACGCUAGUCUACCCAGACCCAGUACUUGCACAGGCAAUGUGUUAUUACUAUGCUGCUCUCAUCCUGAUCUUUUCAGCCGAUGCACGACCGAGGGAGACAGAACUGAAUGACUUGUAUAGCCUCGCAUGCUCUAUUUGUCGAACCAUGGGGUUCUUUGCUCGAACAGUCCCUAGCGGCCUUGCAUCUCGGGUGGCAUUCCCUUUUAGGCUUGCAUAUGACUGUUUACCAGAAGGGUCCAUAGAGAGAGAUUACGUUGAAGAAGCCUUCCGCUGGAUUGCGAAGCGCAGAUUCUCGCAAGAGUGGGAGUGUACUCUUGAUGGUCUAUCAGUACGAGAUUAAAAAUUGAACAUGAUAUAUAUACUAUGGUAAA